AUGCCAAAUUCAGGAUUUGUAGAAAAUCAAAGUAUUUCGGAGGAGCGCCAGGCCGCUGAAGAGGCCAUCGAGGAGAACGAGGAGGAGCGCAUUCCUCACGAAUCAUAUUAUUCAGGCAUAUUGGAAGAAACUUUUCCAGAAAAAUUCACUUCUAACGAUAGAAAUACACGAUUUGCUUCUUCAACAACGUCGAAGAUGAGUGUCACACCAAAUCGUUAUUUACGUGGCUGCAUCGACGUAUUCCUUUUCAUUCUGUGCUUGGCACUUGUAAUUUUACAAUUUGGCCUUCUAGACUUCUAUUACUUAACUGUUCUGAAGGACAACAUCUGGUAUACCUGGAUAGGAGCCGAUUCACUCGUCAUUGUUAUCCUCAUAUGGCUCCUUGUUAUAGUGGUACGAAACAAUCAACAACAUAUGGAAGAUGCUUGCUCUACAGAUGGUAAAGUGAAAUAUACAUGGAUUGGAUGGUUUUUGUAUUCAGCUGUUCUCGCUGGAAAGGUGGCCGUUUGCUUCCGUCUUUUCUAUACUCAGUUGCCGCCAACUAAAAUUGAUUCACAUGACAAAAUUCUGGAUGAUCAUCUAUUCCGUUUGGGUUUAUCACUCAGUGCACCCAUUUUCAUACUUUUGCUUGAAUCGCAUCAUUACACGACAGUUAACAGUAACCGACAGUUAUACCUGAUUUAUCUUAUGACUACUGUAACUUUUGACCUGAUUGAUACAAUUUGCUUCCUCGACUUGCUCUGGCAGUCUUUCGUGAACGGACCAUAUCUUGGAAUCCGCAUCUAUCUUUACGUGUUACUGAAAAUAUCAACACAUGGAAAACACUAUGAUGCAAGUAUUCUGAUGAUAAAGAACGUUACAAUGAUUUACUUAGCAGUCAGGGAUGUAUGGACCCGUUUACAAUACUGGCGACAUAAAAAAAAUAUCAGUGGUUCUCGGGGGGAGCUUACUGCUCCUGGUGCAACUAAUGAUGAUAACUGA